AUGAAGCAGCAACAGACACAUAAUUUCAUCCCAUUAUCUCCUAAAGGAGAAAGCCAUCCAGAGAGGAAGCGACAAAGGAAGAUGAAUUUCCCGAUAUAUGCUUUGGGAUUGGCGGCUCUAGCAAUUGCUGCUCCUGAUCCAUGUGCUAAGUUUGACAUACCGGUAGUCCGUACCAUAAAUGGAAUAGAAUAUUCGAAUUACUGCUCUGAGCUUUGCGUGCCAAGUGGAGAGAGAGAUGUGAAAAAAAUCCAGAAACUAUGCAGUGACACUGAAAUUGGCAAUGUGAAAACUCUAUGUUCAUCCUUCACUCAGUGUCGCUUCCCAAAGCUGACAACUCCCGCACCCAAGGAUAUCAAAGCGCUGGAUCAGGGAACUGGUCAUACCUACGUCAUUGUAAUCGCAAUCGAAGCUACAAUCAUAGUGAUAACACUCAUAGCUCUCAGUGUAGUUACAUACAAAUACUACAUUAACAAGGACUUGACAUAUGAAAUAAAACAUACACUUGUUAAUGGUGAACAAACGGAAAACCCUGCUUAUACGUCAGUUGAGACACUCGUCCAAACUGAUACCGUUGAAAGCAUUGAUGAGGGGACCCAAACUGAACCAAAUAUCGCACAACCACAGGAUAAUGAGUCAGAUAAAAUUCAUGCAAAUGGAAAGAAUGUGGAUUUGGAGGAAGUGUGAUUGUGACGCAGACACUGCAGCUAUAGGGACUUAAAUUAAAUAACACUAGUCUAAAAACAUUUAAUGGGAAAAAAAUUUGUUAAUCCACCUACUACAUGUCUUCAUUAUAAUUCUACUGCAGUUUUAAGAAAUGUUUAUGUAAAUUAUUUGUCAACUUAUUCAGUCUAGUACAUCAUUUAAGUCAUAAAACAAAGUGUUCA